AUGCCAGUUAUUGACAUCACAUCCCAAGACCAAUUCACUGAGCUUACCACGGAAAACGUGGCAGACAAGCUUAUAACAAUUUACUUCCACACAUCAUGGGCAGAGCCUUGCAAAACUAUGAGUGCCGUGGUGAGCGCUUUGAGCGAAGAGCCCGUCAACAAGGAAGUGGUAUUUUUGGCCGUGAACGCCGAUGAUCACUCGGAAAUCGCUGAACUGUUCGAGGUGUCGUCAGUGCCGUACUUCGUGUUGAUCAGAAACGGCACGAUUUUGCACGAGGUCUCCGGAGCAGACCCCAAGGCAUUUGUCAAGGCGUUAAGCAGAUUUAACGGCAGUCUCGCUGCGUCCAAUUCACAGAGUGGUGUGUCCCAGGGCGAUAAAGCUAUGGGAAUGGAUAACGGCGAGGACGAAGCAGCAGAAGAGGAGGAAGAGGACGAAGAAACCGAAGAAGAACUCAUAGAACGACUAAAGAAGCUCACACAGGCUGCUCCAGUGAUGAUGUUUAUGAAGGGCACUCCCUCCGAGCCCAAGUGCGGGUUUUCCAGACAAAUGGUGGGCAUACUCCGUGAGUACCAGGUGAGAUUUGGGUUUUUCGAUAUUUUAAAGGACGAUUCGGUCAGACAGGGUCUAAAAAAGUUCUCUGACUGGCCAACGUUCCCACAAUUGUACAUCAGCGGUGAGUUUCAAGGCGGCCUCGAUAUCAUAAAAGAAUCGCUCGAAGAAGACUCGGAAUUUUUCCAGCAUGCCAUGAACGCUUGA